UGUGUACUAGACUACUAGUUACAUUUAUUUUUACUGUACACCGGUUAGAAUGAAAUCUCAUAAAAACCAAUUGCGAGCAACUCUACCUUGAUGUCACAUGCAACUGACGAAAGUCAAUGACUUCUCAUAUGUCCCAAUAAAUACUGGUUAUUCUUCUCAAGAAAUCACAAGCAUUGCCAUCGCAAAUCAUGUCUCCCUUGAUAAUCCUCAUUGUGACUUUCUUUUUAAUGUUUAUUGUAGUUAUGUUAGUCAGUAAAUGUAGCUCAGGUAAGGUGAAUAGCAAAUUGCCACCAGGUCCACAGAAGCUGCCUUUUAUCGGGAACAUGUUGUCAAUGUUUAGUUCCGAACUACCACAUCAUGUUCUUAGAAACCUGGCCAGAAAACAUGGUCCCCUGAUGCAUCUUCAACUGGGUGAGAUUUCCGCCUUGGUUAUAUCAUCUCGUGAAAUGGCAAAAGAGAUACUCGUGAAGCACGAUCUCGCCUUUGCAAGCAGACCUGAACUACUAGUCUCCAAGAUUGUGAUGUACAACUCUCAAGAUAUCGGAUUUUCACCAUAUGGAAAUCACUGGAGGCAGAUGCGAAAAAUUUGCGCCUUAGAACUGCUCAGUGCCAAGAAAGUCCAGUCAUUCUCUUCAAUCAGGGAGGAAGAGGCUGGUGCUCUGAUGAAACUUAUUCUGUCAUCUGCAGGAUCACCUAUAAAUCUUUCCAAACAUUUUUUUACAUUGAUGAACACUGUAACAUCUAGAGCUGCAUUUGGGAGGAUCUAUAACGAGCAGGAUCUAUUGAUAGAUAUGGUACAAGAACUUGCUGUUCUAGCAGGAGGUUUUGAUAUGGCCGACUUGUUUCCUUCUUAUAAGUUUCUUCAUGUUUUUACCAGUAUGGGUUCCAGGUUAAAAACCCUCCACCGAAACCUUGACAUGACCCUUAACAGCAUACUCGACCAGCACAACAAGAGCUCUAAAACUGCCAUGGACGAUGAAGAUUUUCUUGAUAUUCUGUUCAGACUAAAAAACAGUGGCGAUCUUGAGUUCCCUUUCACACAUGACCAUAUCAAAGCGUUGGUAUUGGAUGUUUUCUCAGCUGGAACGGAUACGGCUUCCACAAAUUUGGAAUGGCUCAUGUCAGAACUUGUAAGAAACCCUAAAGUGCUAAAAAAGGCACAAACUGAAGUGAGAGAAGUGCUGAGGGGAAAGAAAGAAGUACAUGAAGCUGAUAUUCAAGGAUUGAACUAUCUAAAGCUGGUUAUCAAGGAGUCGAUGAGAUUGCAUCCAUCACUUCCCUUGUUACUUCCUAGAGAAUGUAGGGAAAGUUGUGAAAUUGAGGGAUAUGUGAUACCAGUGAAGACAAAAGUUAUCAUUAAUGCAUGGGCACUCGCAAGGGAUCCUGAGUAUUGGCAUGAUGCUGAAAGUUUUCUACCUGAGAGAUUCGAAGACAGUAGUUAUGAUUUCAAGGGAAGCAACAUGGAGUAUCUACCCUUCGGGGCUGGAAGGAGAAUCUGUCCAGGAAUUUUGUUUGGUGUGGCUAAUGUUGAACUUGUACUUGCAAGCUUACUCUAUCACUUUAACUGGGAGCUCCCUCAUGGGAUGAAUACUGCAGAUUUGGAUAUGAGGGAGACAUUUGGUUCAUCCAUCCGAAGAAAGAUGAACUUGCAACUGAUUGCGACCCCUUAUAAUCUCGACUCUUGUGACACCUAAGUAAUCGUACGUGCACUAGUAAGAUCAUUUGUUUUUGUUUUUCAAGACUAUAACUUACUCUAUCUUUUCUUCAUAUUGAAAAAUACUUUGUUUAUCGAGAAAGGGGCUAGAAUGUUGGGGUUGAAUGAUAGUUUUAUUCAGAACUAGAACAAAAGGAAG